GAAGGGAAACCUUAUCUUCAUCCACAAAACUCAGCAGAACUGGUGGUUGUCCUCGUAUCAAAAGAGACAGAGAGAGAGAAAGAGUUGUAAUGGUAGCUCUCUAAAUGAGUUCAAUAGGCCAAAGCAUAUUGAUGGCACUGACUGUUACAGUCAACAGGUUUGCUUCUUCAAACGUGCAGGCAGUCCAUAGAAGAGAAAGGAAAAGACCAACUGCUGCAACCACCACCACCACCACCACCUCAGAUUUAGGAAGGAGAGGCCUCCUCCUCUUAUCCACGGUGGCUGCUGCUCCCCAAGUCACUGUCUCCGGGACUGAGCUUCUUCAAAAGUAUCUGAAGAAGUCAGAGCAAAACAAGGCCAAAAAUGACAAGGAGAGGCUGGAAAGUUAUUACAAGCGGAAUUACAAGGAUUACUUUGAGUUCGUGGAAGGAUCUUUGAAGGAGAAGAAAGAGCAGCUUUCAGAAUCAGAAAAGGGUAUUCUUGAUUGGCUUCAAAAAAACAAAUGAAAAAGUCUAUUCGAAUUACUUCUGGAAACUAUAGAAGCUGCUUAAAAUGGUAUUCUUGAUAUAUAUGGUCAUUGUUGACAUGAAAAUCCAAGUGAUAUUAUUUGGGUAUACAGUACCCAGCUGAAUGAGUAAUCAUUUGUUGUUUAAAGCUCAUUUUAACUAAUUAGGACAAUUAAUUUACACA